AUGGCGCCGCCCACAAAUGCCCGGGCGAAGGGCAAACCGAAUGCGAAGAAGCCGAUACGAGGACAAAAACGAAAGCGCGAAGAUGUCGACGUUGAGAAACUCGCAGAAGAAGUCGCCCAGCUCGACACCAAAACGAAAUACACCAACUUCACCGAUCUUCCUCUAUCCGAUCCAACAAGAGCAGGGCUGAAGUCCUCUGCCUUCUCGACUCUUACCGAUAUCCAGGCCAAGGCGAUCCCGUUGGCUCUGAAAGGCAAGGACAUUCUCGGUGCUGCAAAGACAGGGAGUGGAAAGACGCUGGCGUUUCUCAUACCCGUCUUGGAGAACCUGUAUCGUGCACAAUGUGUCGGAGGAGAUGCUGGACUGGGAGCGAUGAUAAUCACACCAACUCGAGAAUUGGCCAUACAAAUCUUCGAGGUACUGCGAAAGGUUGGCGGAAAGGGACAUUUAUUUGCCGCGGGACUGGUAAUUGGAGGCAAGAGUCUGAGGGAAGAGCAGGAUGCUCUGGCGAGGAUGAACAUCGUUGUUGGUACACCUGGACGACUGUUGCAACAUCUCUCACAGACGGCGAUGUUCAACGUGGACAACUUGCGAAUGCUGGUACUGGACGAGGCGGAUCGCAUCCUGGACAUGGGGUUCCAAAGAGAUGUGGAUGCUAUCGUGGACUACCUACCGAAGGAAAGGCAGACAAUGCUGUUCAGCGCAACGCAGACGAAGAAAGUUGGAGACCUUGCUCGACUAUCGUUGAACGAGCCUGAGUACGUCUCGGUACACGAAGCCGCGCAGUCUGCCACGCCGAAGACGUUGCAGCAGAAUUAUGUGAUUACGCCUCUACAGGAUAAGCUGGAUACAUUGUGGUCAUUCAUACAAUCUGCGAAGAAGUCAAAACUACUGAUCUUCCUCUCCUCUGGCAAGCAAGUUCGAUUUGUCUAUGAGUCUUUCCGCCACAUGCAACCUGGUAUUCCGCUACUGCAUCUCCACGGCCGACAGAAGCAGACAGCACGGCUGGACAUCACGCAAAAGUUCUCUGCGGCGAAGAACAGCUGUCUCUUUGCGACUGAUGUUGUGGCUCGAGGUCUGGACUUUCCCGCUGUGGACUGGGUCGUACAGGUGGACUGUCCCGAGGACGCAGACACCUACAUUCAUCGUGUCGGUCGUACCGCGCGCUACGAGCGAGAUGGGCGAGCUGUACUCUUUCUCGACCCCAGCGAAGAGGAGGGCAUGCUUGGCCGCCUGGAGCAGAAGAAAGUCCCGAUUGAGCGAAUCAAUGUCAAGGCAAAGAAGCAGACCAGCAUCAAGAACCAAUUGCAGAGCAUGUGCUUCAAAGACCCUCAACUGAAGUACCUCGGACAGAAGUGCUUCGCCAGUUAUGUCCGAAGUCUACACAUUCAAAAGGACAAGGAGAUCUUUAAGCUCGACAAGUACCCGUUGGAAGAGUUCGCCGCAAGCCUGGGUCUACCCGGUGCACCACGUAUCAAGUUCCUGAAGGCCGACCAAGAAGAAGUGAAGCGCAAGAAGAACGCCUCUCGACAGGCGCUUGUAUCAGACUCGGAGGAUGAGGAAGACGAGGAUGCAGGGGACGGCGAGGACGGCGCCAAACCGAAGUCAAAGAAGAAGGAAGUCCGUACCAAGUACGAUCGCAUGUUCGAGCGCCAGAAUCAAGAUAUCUUGGCCGACCAUUACUCCAAGAUGAUCGCUGCGGACGACCCUGCAGACAUCAAUCGGCUGGACGGCGAGCAAGAUGCAGACGACGAUCUCUUUGAUGUGAAACGUCGCAUUCCUGCAGAUGUCGACGACGAUUCGGAUGUUGAUUUGCCACAAACCAAGACUGCCGACGGUGAGAUUGCCAAGUCGAUCAACAUCGAUGGUGCUCGAGCACCUCUUGUUCUGGACUCGAAACGACGCGAGAAACUCCUCAAGAGCAAGAAGAAGCUGCUCAAAUUCAAAGACAAGGGCAGCAAGCUCGUAUUCGACGACGACGGCAACGCGCACCAAAUCUACGAGCUGGAGGAUGAAGAUGACUUCAAGGCUCGCGGUGAGGCGGCAGACCAGAGAAGGAAGUUCCUCGAGGAAGAAGCGGAGAGGGUCAAGGUUGCGGACGUGGAGGACAAGGAGUUGGCUAGAGAGAAGCGGCGGGCGAAGAAGGAGAAGAAGAAGGAGAAAGCGAAGGCGGAGGCUGAAGAGGAUAGUGGUGUUAGAUUCAUUGGUGGAGAGGAUGACAAUGGGGAGGAUGCGAUGGCGAAUUUCAUCAGAGAUGCGCAAGGCUCAUCGGGAAGUGAGGGCGAGAGGAGCGACGAUGAAGAGGAGCAGCCGAAGUCCAAGAAGGCGAAGAAGUGGUUCCAGGAGGAUAGCAAGAGGAAGGAUCUUGGCGGCGAAGAGAGGGAGAUUGAGACGAUGGAUGAUCUGGAGGCGGCGGCUGCAAGGCUGCUUGGGUGA